CCCGCCCGACACGGGGGUAGGGCGCAGAAGUUCCGCUGCGCCAUGCGCAGCCGGAAGUAGCCGGGCCCUAAGCUGGGGGGAGACCCGGCGGAGCGGAAGUCACUCCGUGAGGCAGUGGCGACGGCGGCGGUGAGAGGAUGAACAACAAGUUCGACGCAUUGAAAGACGAUGACAGUGGGGACCAUGAUCAGAAUGAAGAAAACAGCACACAGAAAGAUGGUGAGAAGGAAAAAACAGAACGAGACAAAAGUCAGGGCAGCAGUAAGAGGAAGGCUGUUGUCCCUGGACCAGCAGAGCAUCCCCUGCAGUACAACUAUACUUUUUGGUACUCCAGAAGGACCCCUGGCCGUCCCACCAGCUCACAGAGCUAUGAACAGAAUAUCAAACAGAUUGGCACCUUUGCCUCUGUGGAGCAGUUCUGGAGGUUUUAUAGCCACAUGGUACGUCCCGGGGACCUGACAGGCCACAGUGACUUCCAUCUCUUCAAAGAAGGAAUUAAACCCAUGUGGGAGGAUGAUGCAAAUAAAAAUGGUGGCAAGUGGAUUAUUCGGCUGCGGAAGGGCUUGGCAUCCCGUUGCUGGGAGAAUCUUAUCCUGGCCAUGUUGGGGGAACAGUUCAUGGUUGGGGAGGAGAUCUGUGGGGCUGUGGUCUCUGUCCGGUUUCAGGAGGACAUUAUUUCAAUAUGGAAUAAGACUGCCAGUGACCAAGCAACCACAGCCCGAAUCCGAGAUACGCUUCGGCGAGUGCUUAACCUACCUCCCAACACCAUUAUGGAGUACAAAACCCACACCGACAGCAUCAAGGCCUGGGAGGAGUUUCAUGGCCUGGUGAACAGCAGCGGCCGCUGAUCGGACGCUCCCCUCUGUCUCUCACACUCAGGGGACAAUUCAAGCUUCCGAAAUACAAAAAUCACAUUGUGAAAGUACUCAAGCUGGCAAUAAUCCUUUUCUGUAUGUGUGUGUUUGUCCAAAAUGGAUGGGAGGUCUCCAGCUGGUCCUUCCAUCUGCUCACUGAAGGGACGUCCCUGAGCCGUGCGCUCCCCUUUUGCACUCAUUCCUGGAGGACGGAUUCCGCUAGACACCCUCCAGCAUCGCUGACUUUAUAAAGCGGAAAAACAGAAAACGUGACUUUGUAAUAGACAAACUUUUUUUUAAAUGGGAUUCUGUCGGGGUGGGGGGAGUUCAGCCUUUCGUUUUGCUGUGUGCUGUCCAGAUGCCUGUCGGCGUUUUGUUAUGCUCUUCGCUGCUGUACAAAGGGCAUCGUGACCACGUGUACAAGCCAGAGCUGUCGACUGAGAGUUAUCAGUAUUAUGAAUGUCUGUGCAUCCAGGAAAAGCUUUUUGUUGGAGAGUCCCGGAAUAGCUAUAAAUGCUCUCUUCUAGCUCUGCCAUUAAAUUAUUGGGACAUUUUGUUUAUUUCUCUCCCCUCUUCCCCCAAGCCCACCAUUUUCUGAAAAUGUGUUACUGAUUGUGUAUAGUCUCCUGCCUUACGCCCUCCAGCCCUCCCUCCUGUGGGACUCUUUCUUCUUAGGCACUGCUGCACUUAGAAUUUUAAGCCAGUGGGCCACACUGGUUUCACUGAGGCGGCUCAGAAGGUAUGCCUUGGUAAAUUAAACUGGAGCAGAAUCCAGUGUGAUUAGGAGCUAAGUUAUAAUAGCGGUUCCAAGUGCAGGAUUUGGAGCUGAGGGCAAUGUCUGAAACCAGAUGAGCAGGGCCUGUGUGUCCAGCCUGUUCCUGUGGGUUCUUGCGUGACCCUCAUUGAGGAAGGGAAGCAAAAGCUUGGUUGUCACCCAGUAUUAACACUUCAUGUGGUAAAUUCUAUGAUCCUGAAACUGGGGCAUCUGACGAAAAGGUGACCGUGAUGGGUGGCUUUCUUUGCAUGGCUGUGCCUGUCUGCAGUGGUUGAGGAAACCUGCUUUCCGUCCGUAUCACCUGGUAGAUGCGCUAGUCAGUGUGUGCUGAUCCACGAUACCCAGACAGAAACCUCUCGUAGGCCACUGCUAAACAUGCUUUAAAAAUGACCGGUCAUGCAUCAGAGAAGCCAGGUGA